AUGGCCGGACCAGAUGCGAAGGGCGCAACGGCAAGCGGCGCGUCCGCAGCGCCGGCAAAAGCCCCCAAGCCGCAGAAUCCCGUCUUCAGGAUGAUGGGCCUUCCCAACAUCCGCAUGAAACUUCCCUCGCGCAACUGGUGCAUAUUCUGGGGUGUCAUUGGAACAUGGACAGCCGCUGUUCAGUACGAUCGCUAUGAGAAGAGGCGGAUACAGAGGAAAUAUGCGAAACUGGUGGAGCGCAUUGCGCAGGAGCCGCUCGACGCGCAACAGCUGCCGCGCAAACUCUCCAUCUACAUCUCCGCGCCGCCCGCUGACGGUCUCAUCUCUGCGCGCGAACACUUCACGGAAUACGUCAAGCCCAUUCUUGUAGCCGCUGCACUUGACUGGGAUGCGGUUGAGGGCCGAAGGGAAGGGGAUGUCAGAGCUGGUCUGGCUGAGAGGAUACGAAAGCUGCGAUUCAAGAGGGGCGAGAAGGCCAACGAGCCAAUCGAGCUGGGCACAGAAGAUGACAUUGAGGAGCUGAGGCAAAGAUCUGGCGUGAAGGACUGGAAUGGUCCUGCCGGCGACAUUGUUGUUGGGCGACACACAUGGAAAGAAUACGUCCGAGGGCUCCACGAGGGCUGGUUGGGACCUCUUGACCCUCCUGCAUCCGCCGAAUUGCCUGCUGAGCUUGCAGCUCCUGCAGUCGAACCAGCUCCCGCGCCCGCGCCCGUACCCGCACCCACAGAAACCGCUCCCGAGGCUCUUGCAGCCGCUGGCACCACUAUCCACUCGUCAACCACCGACGACGCAUCGCCCACAGCCACUCUAGAGGCAAAGCCAGAAGGGGAGAAGCCCAAGGAGGAAGAGAAGAAGGACAAGAAGAAAAAGCAACCGCCCCCCUUCAACACCACCGCCUCCUACGAACACUCCGCCCUCGCCCCCACCUGCCCUCGCUCACUCGGCCCCACCGCCAUCGUGCCCCUGCCUCACCUCCUCGGUUUCUGGAACUUCCCGAUCAGAAUAUACCGCUACUUCAACAAGCGCCAGGUCGCGGAGCAAGUCGGCAGAGAGACCGCCGCAGCCGUGCUCGGCGCAUACCGCCCCUUCGAAGCUGCGGGCCAGGCCGCCAGCGCGGAUGAUAGCAGCGCCCAGUGGGAGCAGCAGGGCGUGCUUGCGUACGAAGAGCCGGACUGGCACAAGUCAGCCAAGGACCGCAAGGACGAUAAUGGCAAGGAGCGCGUGUGGCUCGAUGAUAUGGUUCUUGACCCGCGGAUUGCAGAGCGCAUGAAGAGGUUUGUGCUUGAGCCGCAGGCGGAGGAGCGCGCGAAACAUGUCGAUGCUUCGAGUGACAAGUCGUGGGUCAAGAGCUUGUGGCCGGCGGCGAAGGAAAAGCCGCUGUGGGAGGGACUGACCGAUGAUGAAUGA